UCAGAGUUUUAUAGACAACACUCAAUCUGGCUCAGAAUUUUUUUUUUUUUAAGACAUGAUCUCACUAAGGGUGAGCAGCAUCCCUGGGCUUCUUUGCUUCAAGUUUCAGUUCUUGGCUGUUCUGGAGCCUUUCUACCUACUGCUUUGGGUAUUUUGUUUGGUACUUAUCCUGACUGUUCAACUGCAUACUUUCCUGGAGUUUAUUUGAUUAUGUAAACAAUGAUAACAGUUAAAUUGUGUAAUCCCAUGGAGCAACCCAGGAAAUGAACUACUGCUAAACCAGGAGAACAAAUUACCUUCUCUUUUCUCCUUGGCACGUUUGCUGGGGGCUGAUUAACUUAGAUAGGAGUCUUAUCUAUGUGUUAAUGACUUUCUCUAUGGGACUACAUAAAGGAAAGGGAUAGAGAUUGUUUGAAAGACAGAAUUGGACAGUAAGAUGCAGGGUGGAAUAGCAGUUUGGAAGCUGGCUUUGGAGCCAAGAAGAUCUGGGUUCAUAUUUUGCCUCUGAUACAUUCUAGGUAUGUGGACCUGGGCAAAUUAUUUAACUUCUCUGUGCCCUAGGUAACUGGGGAGAUUCUAAAUUGCAGGAAAAGGGCUGAUAUGCAUUGGUAGAGGGAUUUUCCUGUUCUGGGAGUUCCUUAUACCAAUGAAAGUCUAACUAUACUACCUGUCCCUCUAGAGAAUACUUGAAGGAUAGGAUUUAACAGUGCAUGAACUCAGUGGGACUAUGUACAGAUAAUGUAGCAGGACAUGUAUGAAAAACAGAGAGAUGAUAGUCACCUAGAUGUAGCCCUCAAUUAGAGGAGAAUCAUAAGACAAAGGUGCUUUUAUUCUUCUAAAACCAUCAUCUGCCUCUGAAGAUCAACCAUGCUUUAGGGUAUAUCUUAGUCAUACCACCUGCAAAUGUCUCCUUAAAUUUAGGAAAUUCUAUCUUUGGACCUGUCCAAAACAAUUCACAAAGUUACAAAUGGAUCAGAGUCAGUUCCACCUCCUGGGUUCAUCAUAUCCAUGGGAAUUAUGGUCUCUCAUUAGACCAGUUAGCCAAUUCUAAAUAUCUGUAAGAUGCACUAGAAUCCCAAAGUCAAUUCAAUUCCAACAAAAAAAAAACAAAAGAAUUAAAAGAAACAUUGUUCCCUCAUAAAUUUCAAAGGAUGAAUGAAAAUGCUUGAUAAGGCCUCUAAGGAAUGAGACUCAGGAGUCCCCAAAUAUAGAUUUCUAGGAAACACUUUGACCAUAUUUCUCCAUAUUUAAUGAAGGGGUGAGCAUGUCCUAAGUACAAAGCUUCAUUAAAAUUGGUGAAAAAAAGGAUGAAAAGAGAGAUUAGAAAACACUUGUUCAAUUGUAUGGUACAAUGGACAGAGUUGGACUAUCAACUUCAGGAAGUUAAUACCCUGGAUAGGCAGGAUGCUAUUAGCUCAGAUCUUAUGAAAUCAGAUCCACUGAACAAAACCAGGCUAAACUGGAUAUGUAGCAAUUACAUCUGGGAUAUAAGUUCUGGGAUUACCCACCUCUUUGGAACAUUAUUGGUUUUUGAAGUGAGAGCACAACUAAGGGAAAAUGAAGACCAUCCUGCUAAGUUCCCUCUUGGGAUUGCUCUGUGUAUCCUUGGUACAAGCAGAUGUCCUGGUACAGCCAGAUUUUGAUGUCAAGCAGUUUUCAGGCUUGUGGUAUGUUGUUUCCAUGGUGUCAGAUUGCAAGGUUUUCCUUGGCAUGAAGGAACAUUUAUUUAUGUCAACAAUAUUAAUAAAUGCCAUAGAAGGUGGCAACCUCAGUGUCCACAUGGCCAUCCCUAGGACUGAAGGCUGUCAGACAAUGGAUGCAGAGUAUUUGAAGAUAGGAUCAGAAGGUCACUUCAAGGUACCUGCCAGUGGCUUCCUGGAUGUGCGUGUGGUAGAGACUGAUUACAAAGCCUAUGGAAUCCUGUACAUCUACAAGGAGCUAGAAGGAGUAUUCAGUACCAUGGUGCGGCUAUUCAGUCGGACCCAGGAUGUGAGUCCCAAGGCUCUGAGGGCAUUCCAGGAUUUCUACCCUAUUGUGGGACUUGAGGAUGACAUGAUGUAUCUGCUCCCCAAAUCAGGUAGCUUUGGACGAUGUUUCCAUCACCAUUUCCUUCCUGGAAACUGA